GCGUAAUAGCAUAGCUAGCGAACAGAAGUGCCUGCCUGCUCCUAAAGAAAACAACAAAGUCCCGCACCGGUGGGACACUUUGUCAUCAUGGCUGUGUUGUGGUGUAAACUGUGACAACUAACGCCAAGAUGAUGAACGACAUCAUAGAGGAACCAGAGAAGGACAACCUGCUGGAGGCGCAGCCGGAGCCACAAGUUUUGUCGGGACCCAGCAAUGGCACAAGACCUAAGUCUGCUGAUGGAGGGAUCAGGCCUGUGGAGAAAAGAGGACCUUACAUCAUGUCCAGAGCUUCAGCAAUCCACCUCAAACUGCAGAAACACAGAGAGAUGGCUAGGAAAGCACUGAAGAAGAAAGCCCUGUCACCAGGACCUCCGGUGAUGCAUCAGCCCAGACAAGGAGCCAAGAGGAUGGUGAAGUAUAACAAGGGCUACGCUGCUUUAAGUCAGCACGCUGAGGACACUUUGGUUGCACUGGACUCAGACAGUGAUGAAGAGAUCGAUUUUGAGCAGUAUUCCUCAGGAUACUCUUCGGCUGAGGUCCAUCCUGAUUUAAGCAGACAGCUGCUUCAGGACGGCUACCGUCUGGAUGAGAUCCCUGAUGAUGAGGAUCUGGACCUGAUUCCGCCCAAAGCCAUGAGCUCCUCUGUGUGCUGCUGCUCCGAGGGCCCGUCCUGCUCCAUGCAGUGAUGCCGAUGCCGUGACUCAAACCUUAACAAAGGCUUGGCACCAGUUCCUGUCCCAGACUUAGGUCACUGGUGCCUGAGGCCGUCUUUCUAACCCAGCUCCACUGCUGUGCUGCCUGAGGACUUUCAGCUCUGAAGCCAAACUCCUGUUCAUGCAGGCCUACAUGCACUGGGAUCGCUCAACCCACAGGAGGACACGGAUGGACAUAAGAACAAGCCUUAUUCACUGUGACCCCAAAGCUUGACCUAGUUUUAAUUUUCUUUUUUUCUUUUUAUGGAACUUGAUGAAAUGCCACUGCUCCCAAUAGGGUGGCAUUUAUUAUUUGGGAUAUGUCCUCGUUGACCCAGUGGGGAGAUGGUUAUUGUCUUUUCUGCUCUGAUGAACAGGUCUGCCGCCCUCUAAGCCGACAUGCAUACAUAUGAUGUGUUGUCUCUUAAUGUUCUGGCUCUCGGUGAGUUUGAAUUGUCCAGUUAUUAACUAACUGCAAUAUGAAGGCACCUCGCAUGAUCAUUGACAUUCCCUAACUUGUUGCAUUACCUGAAUGUUUUUUGAUUUUCUUUACUGUAUCUGUCGUCAAAAAUUACCUUUCAUUCCAAAAAUACAUAGAACUUUAUUCCAAAAUUAAAUGGCCGCUACUUGGGGAAAAUAUGACACAUAUUUCAAAAAGAAGUUACAUUUUUUUUUAAAUGAAACGAAGCACUAAAUUGAAAUGGGAUGUAUGGUGAAUGAGUGAAGCCACUUAACUUCUCAACAGCAUAUUAAUUUUUCCCCAGCAAAUACUGCUAUCUCAAAAAACCUGAAAUGCUGAGAGGCCUGGCCCUGGAUUACCUUAAGCUCCUUCCAUAUUCUUUGUUUGUCUGUGAGGACCAAGAGUUGAGUACAUUUUACAAGCUGUCAUUGAGCAAACUGCUACAUACCAAGAAGGAUUCACUCCUCUGCCUGUAGAGGAUAUACUCGGAGAGAAAAGUAUAAUGAAACGUUGUUCUACAAAGUUAUCCACUGUUUGAAAGAGUAAUAACCUACUCUUACAAAAUGUUACACUUCUCUGUAUGGUAUAAAAUGUAAGCAGAUGAGUUACUGAAGCGCUUCGAUAGAUUAACCAAUCACAUUUGAUUUAUAAUCCCUGUAUUGUAGAAGUAAGUUUCAUUCCAGAAACUAAUAGUCUCCACUUUUAAAAAAAGAUGGUACAAAAAGACUGAAUACAAAAUGAAAAAUUAUCUUUUCACCUGAAGACAUUUGAGUUAAUUUCAAUCCCAAAACAUACAUAUUUAUGUUAGUUACUUUUGUUUGGAUAUGUUGAGUUUGGGAUUAGUAACCUGUCCAGCAUCGGCUAUGAAAGCUAAAAAGGAAUGUGUGGUCUUUGACACAUCAGUGUAUGGACGACUAUUUGGUUUGUGAUAUUAAAUUUUAUUUAUUUAUUUAUUAGUUUACUGUUAGGGACACUAAAAAAAAGUUGUUACAGGCUAAAAACAACCCGCAUUUGCAUAAGGAUUAAGGCAUUCAUCUAUCCUUGUUAUUUGUUAUAUUUACAUACAUUGAUUUAAAGUAUAUGUUGGUAUAAUGUUUUUGUUUGUGUUAUGAUGUGUCUGUUGUUUUCUACACAAUAGACGCGGACGUGCUGAAAAUGGCAGUGCUUUUUAUUUUUAUUCUUUUUCCACUUAAAAUCUUCUCACUUAUGUUACCGUCUGGGUCAUAUUUUUACCAUUUUUUUUAAAAACUGUGCAUUAACAAAAACAUGUUCAAUAUCAGAGCAAGUGACUGUGAUCACUUUCUCAGGAGAUUCUUUUUGUUUGUUUGUUUGUUUGUGUGUAUGAGUGUGAGACUAGAAAGAAAUUUGCCUUUCACACACAUUUGUAUAAUAAACAGUCUGAAGAUUGCACAACUGUGUAAGUGCAUAGAGGUUUUUAAGUAAGGAUACAUGUGUGGCUGCUGUUCACCUACCUGCAGACCACACUGUUAUUUCUCAUGCUGUGAUGUUGGUUGUAACUCUCAGUCGUAUAAGUGAAUGGUAUAGCAGACCAUUUGACCACCGUAAAGAAUUAAAGGACUGGGAAGAAUAUGACAUUCUGUGCUGGAGAAAGUAGAAACCUUGAUUUGUACUUUGCAGAGUCGGGAUUAGUUCACACAUUAAAAUUCACACCCUGAAAAUGUUACACCUUCUCCUCCCAACGCUCUAUUGUUCUAAUAAGGGUGACGUAGAAAUAAAAGCUGAUCCUACUAUUACACUCAGUGUGAGGUAAAUGCUUUAAAUCUAACAGCUAAAUUCAAAGUGUAUUGACCCCGGCCCUGGCUCUGCACGAUGUUUUUAUGUACACGAAUAUUGCACUUAACACCAGUGGUCAGUAGCAAGUACACUUGACUCACCUGUACUAUGCAACUAUUGGGACAAUCUGCUUGUUAUACAACAUUGUGAUGAUAUAGUGUUAUUGAGUGCUCAAUGCAAUAACUUAAUUAGUUAUUUUAUGAUGGUAAACACUACUCCUUUUUUAUUUGAUUGUACUGUUUAUUGGUUUACAUUAUUAAAAUAAAACUAUUAUCUAUA